AAGUCUAAGGCUUCUGGUCUUAGGGCAACUGCAAACCAUUUGCGCGAUUUGAAUCCUGAGGAUGCGCAUGAAAUUCUUAGGCAAGCUGCUGAAAUUUUUGAAGGAAUAGGAAUAAUUAAUAUUGCAGCUCAAUGUUUUUCAGAUUUGGGGGAUCAUGAAAAAGCUGUCCGACGAAGAAAUCAAUGUAAAUAGAAAACUAGCUAAGGAACUGGUUGACAAAUGGAGCCGACCCAUAUUUAAUAAGAGUACAUGGUUUGAGGACAUGAGAAAUGCUGAGGAUGACAGGAUUCCUUUCAGGAGGCCAACUGUUAAAAAGCCGGCAAAUAAAGCAGCAGGGAUGGAAUCCAGAGAUGGUGAUCUUGAUUUGGAAUUUUCACAGCCUAGGUCUGGACAGUCUUCUUCAAGGCAACAUGCAUCAAGGCCAGAAGCAACACCUUUGGAUUUUGAGAUCCGUCCCCAGUCUAAAAUUGAUCCAGAAGAAGUUAGAGUGCGAGCAAAAGCUGCUACACAAGAUCAGCAGAUAAUGAAGGUUUAA